AAAGACAGAAUAACUUCAUCAAAAAAAUAGAGCACUUGAUUUUUCAAAGUUAAAAAGAAAAACACUGUUGAAAGACUAAAAUGUCUUGAAAACUUGACUUGCAUGUUUUUUUUCCCCUGCGCUAGGUGAAAUCGACAAGAAUUCUGCCAUUUUCUCCUUCUAAACCAAGCAACAGAAAAAAAUGUUUCAGAGCCAGUCGGCCACCAAACUCCACAUUGCCAGCAUCCUUACCUCUUCCCGCCUGGAACAGCCCCCGGACUGGCAGGGCGUCCUUUUCAAGAAAAAUAACCGCACCGCUUCCUAUCAGCACUGCUGGUGUGAGCUCAGAGGAAAUCUUCUUAUCUGCAGGGAACAGCCUGGAGACCGGGGUCCUUGUCACCUCAUUGUGUUAGAAGGCUGUAGGGUGGAAUUGCAGGAAUCCACCUCGGAACCUCAUACUUUUAAAAUCUGCUACCCCGAUGACUUGCCUGACCAGUCCUAUAAGAUGGCAGCUGAGGAUCAAGAGACCAUGGAAAACUGGAUGCGAGUUCUGAGCAUGGCGGGAUUCGAGAACCUCAGAGCGUUGGUUACCGAGUUAGAAAGCCAAUUUCACCAGUUGAAGAGCCAACAGUACUCUAAGGAAGAAGCAAGCUGCAAGGCAACAGAAAGAAGAUUCUCCGACAUGGAUUUCGCUUGCCUCCAUGUGGAAUUUGGGAAGGAUGUCAAUGAGGCUAGGAAAAAGUGGCAGGAGGGAAAGAGGAAGCAUGUCCCAGCACGGGAGAAUUUGAUGCAUUUUAUAUAGGACAACCAGCAAUCUCCAAACAUUUGGCUGUGACCGAAUUUGGAGGCAGCCAAUUUCAGUUUCAGUGGAGUCAGUGUCAGUGAAAAAGAUAAUUCUUGUUUCAAAAUAUUGGUUCUUCUUUAAACACUUUUAAUAAAUGCAUCUUCGGAAAAA